UGUACAGAGACAUAACAGAGCUGAACUAACCUAGGAUAUACAAUUCAUCUUAAAGAUGAUGUCAGUUUUACUACUGACGCUUUGUCUCAUUCUGCACAUUGGUGGUGGAAAUACAAGAGGGGAUUCAUUUGGUGUGACCGUGCACCCAUGGACAGAACCUGUGGACGCCAACGUUAAGAAGCUUCUCUCUGAACUUGAUAGCAAAAUUCUCAGGGAUCCCACCCAAAAGAGUAACACUGAGGAAACUACACUGUUUGAAGAUGAAUUCUCUACCACACAGCAUUCAACCACAACUGCCCCUGUGCUACCCAACUUAAAAAGAAGAGAGUACAAAAUAUUUGAAAAGAUAAUAAGGAUGCCAGUAAAAACUCCAACAACUGCAAAAGCGGAACGUGAGAAAUCCAGUGACGGACAAAUGGGGACUUCAGAAAAGGCAACCAAACAAGUGGAGGAGGUCCAAAAAAGAGCCGAUAGUACUUCUGGACUGAAUUACAUCAAUAGAAACGGCCAGAGACCAAGCUUUGAAACAACACGGGGGAAAAACUGGUGUGCAUAUGUCCAUACGAGACUCUCACCUUCUGUCGUAAUGGAAAAUACGGAAACAUAUGUAUCAAGUGGAGCAAAUCCCUGUGCCUGGACAAUGGGAGCUUGUUCUGUGAGGAGUCGAAUGAUCUCACAGCCUACGUAUAGACUGAAACAUAAAAUAGUGACAUCAUUGGAAUGGAAAUGCUGUCCAGGGUACAGCGGAGAGCAAUGCAAAGAAAAAGUUCAGCAACUUCAAAAACAGAUGCACAGGAGCCAGGCAGAAAGCAGUGUUGCUGUAAAUGCAGUAGAUACAGAAGAUAAGAGAACAUCAACAUAUGACCCAGCACUGCAGCAAAAACUGACGGAUCAGAUUUACAGCCAAGAAAUGAAGCUAAUCUUUCUCCAAAGAAAUGCUGAAAAUAUUUCAUCCAGCCUAAACAAUGUACACAGAACAUUAUAUUCUCUGGAAGAAAAAAUCAAUGAAGCUGAUAAGGAGAAAAAUCUGCCGUCAUUCCUGAAAGAUUUGAAAUCGAAGAGUAUUACAGAACUAGUAAAAGAAAUUGUUAAGGAGCAGUUGACAGUGCUGCAGGGAGACAUGAAGGAAACAGUAGCUCAGCUGUAUAAAAGUAUGUCUGAAAUAUCUCUUGAAGUUGAAAGGACCAAGGAAUUUGUGAAAACAUUGAAUCAUACUAUCAUUUCUACCCAUGAAAAAUGUGUGUUAGAAGAUGAGAACAAGGCAACAAUGGAUGAUGUGGUGGAAUUAAAAAACAGAGUUGAGACUUUAAAAUAUACGGCUUUUGUUUGUACUACUUCUUUUAAAGAAAUGGAGGACAAGCAUUCAGCACUACAGAAGGAAUUAGAACAUGAGAAAUCAAGAAACAGGGACUACUAUGAGUCACUGAAUAACACAUUGAGCAAAAUAAAGGAAAUUCAUAGUCAAAUGUUAACCGAGGAACAAACAAAGGAACCAACCGUCUCAGUAGAAAGCAGCCCCAUGCAAGAUAACAUAACUGACUAUCUUAUUACUUUGCAAGAAAGGUUAAAAAAACAGAAUUUGAUGAUGCUUCAACUGUAUGAUGAUAUUAAUUCACAGGACGGCAAAAUCAAUAACCUAACAAUAAUGUUGGAUCUUCAGAAGGAAUCAAUUGAGAAAGCCUGCGAAGACAGACUUUCAUCUUGCAAGAACGAUUUCCAGAAGCAGUUACAGGGAGCUGAAGAGAACAUGUACGUCUUAAACAAAACUGUAUCUGAUGUGAUCCUUCCUCUGGAUGACAAGAUCGAUAAGAUGGAUGAGAAAAUUAGUGAUUUGUGUUAUGACAUGGAAAUACUGCAACCCUUAUUAGAAAGGGGGGCACCAUUUCGCAUGACAACUGAAUAUGAACAAAGGACAGAAAUUGGUGAGGUUUACAACCAGAUUAAGAAUAUUACAGAAUUCCUCAAUGAUUUAGGUUCUAGAAUGCAAGAACUUUCUAAAGGACAGGAGGAACUUCGUAGUAAAGCAGACGCUCAGGCACAGAUGUUUGAAAGGCGCCUCAACGAGUGUUUUAUGGAAGUUGAAGAUGGUCUCAAUAGCACUAUGGAUAUCAUAAAUAAUGCUGUUGAUUCUAUCCAUGAUAAUUUUGUAAUUAAAUCAUCUAUAUCGGACAUGGAAAAUGCAGCCGAGCUUUACUAUAAUGCAACUAAUGAGAAACUGGAAAAUGUUAUAUUGGCCAUUCCACAACUGAAUGAAACCUUGCAGAAUCUGGUCAGAGUAUCAGGACAAAGUAGACAGGACCGUGAACAUUCUUUACAUUAUACUAAGGUCUCUAAUGAACAUAACAUAAACUUGUUGACUUAUGUUGAGCUUUCUCAAAAGAUAAAUGCCUUGCAAGUCAUACUGGAACAAAAUCAACUAAACAUAACCCACAUGGAGGAAAAACUUCAGUUUUCAGAAACUAAGGCAAACAAUUGCCAAUCACAUGUGCAAAGUAUAGAAUCCCAAAUAAAUAUGAUCCUGGCUAACCCUACUCUUCCUUCAAGAAAUAGAAAGGAUGAGACAAUCUUAAAAAACAAUGUUCCACAGGAUGUAAACUCAAGAAUUAAAGCCCUUGAGUUUAAGUCGGUACGAGUGUCAUCAAGUUUACCACAACUAAAUAAAACAGCCAAUGAGGCAAAGGUCUUGUGUCAAACCAUGUUCAUUACUGUCAAGAAAGUUAAUGAGAGUGUCCCCCGAUUAAUAAAAGCUGCCCAGCCAAAUAUCACACAUUUACAGCAAGGUUUCCAGGAGCUGAUUCGUUCCUUAGUGGAAAUAAAAAUGGAAACAUUUCUUUCUAAUCUAACUUCCUAUGUUGAUAAUUCUCUAUCUGAUGUAAGAAAUAACAUUGCUAAACUGCAAAAACAGAUGAAGGCCCCUGUUAAGAAGACAGUUCCACCUAAAAAGAUGAUGAUAAAUCCAACUUCAUCUACCAUUGGUCGUAGUCAGAGAAACACUGAUAUAGCAGAUCAAGAUGGAUAUUUCAGCUGCAGUAGUGGACCUUGUUUGAAUGGUGGAACUUGCAUUAAUGACCUAAAAGGCUUUACCUGCGCAUGUCGCCAUCCCUUUGGAGGAGUAAAUUGCAGUCUAAAGAUGUCGGAUGACAAUACUCAGUCAUUAGAUUUCUCAAAAGGAUCCUACCGUUAUGCACCAAUGGUGGCCUUUUCAGCUUCCCAUACAUACGGAAUGACUUCUCCUGGACCAAUUAGAUUCAACAAUUUAUAUGUAAAUUAUGGCUCAUCGUAUGCACCCAGCACUGGAAAGUUUCUCGUACCAUACCUUGGAGUAUAUGUCUUUAAGUUUACCAUUGAAUCAUACAGUCAUCGUGUUUCUGGGUAUUUAGUGGUUGAUGGGGUUGACAAGAUUGCCUUUCAGUCGGAAAAUCUUAACAGUAGUAUGUACAGUGAUAGGAUGGUGACAGGAGAUGCUUUGUUAGAACUGAACUAUGGUCAGGAAGUAUGGCUCAGAUUAACGUCCGGCUCCAUCCCAGCACAAUACCCACCUGUAACAACAUUUAGUGGAUACCUGUUAUACCGCACAUAAUGCUAAUUUCAGUAAGUUUACUGGUAGGAGUAAAACUGCUUUUUUUUUUUUUUUUACUUUUAAUCUAAAUCUAAGGGCCAAAAACCAUAGCACAGAAACAUGUAUAGAAAUUGCUAGCUUGUAAACUAAAAGACCAAAAAGACAACAAAAAACAUAUAAAUACAUUCUAGUUAAAGGGAUUCUCCACUGAAAACAUUUUUGCCAGAAAGUUUACAGAUUUGUAAAUUACUUCUAUUUAAAAAUCUUAACCCUUCCAGAAGUUCUUUUCUUUUUGAACUUUCUUUCUGUCUGACCACAAGUGCUCUCUGCUGAUACCACUGUCCAUUUUAGGAACAGUCCAAACCUAUCCUGCUCU